AUGCUGGAAAAGGAGGUCGAACACCCCGAUCGCAUCGGGGGAUGGCUUGACAAGCUAGAUAUCAAGGGCGCCGAGAUUGAUGAAAAUGAGUGCGCUACUGAUACCGAUGAAGAGGCAGAUUGUGGACCAACUACACCACCUCGGCUAUCGGACUACCGCUCAGUACCGCAAGAUGAGAUCUCGCCAACCGACACGUCCUUCUCUGGGAAGAGCAUCUUCGACAAACCGCUCUGCAAGAAUCUGUUCGGCAGUCCGACCCCAAAGUUCGAGAUACGAGACGAUGAUUCCGACACGACCAGUAUCGAUAGCGGUGACUGGGCGCCACAACAGGGCAAAGAGCGCCCGCUUGAGCGACUUGUGCCACCUGCCUUUGCUCUUCGACCUAGUACACUGUCAAACACCCUAGGUUCCCAUGAAUCAGCUUUAGCAACGAGCACAAGCGACCUCACAGCUAUAUCAGAACGUAAAUCUCAACAUACUCUUUCUCCGCACGAUCCGAACGAGCCGCGACCAGUCUGGAUAACCUCUUGCUUACAAUGCACAUUCGCUGACCUCCCCUGCUCGCGAACCUACCCCUCAUGCUCGCGCUGUAAGCGACACAACCGCGCCGAGGAAUGUCUCCUACAGCGCCGACGCUUCACAUCAGAAGUUCUGGGUUCCUCGCUCAUGGACAAGAGCUCAACGCCUGCUCUACUCAAAGUGAAAGGUGAAGACGAAGGAGUUUGGAAACUGAAGGUUGAGCUGGCGGAGGCGUUAUGCGAGAAGUGGGUUGCAGAACAAGAUCAGAAGAACUGGGUGUUGCCGGAUGUCGGUAGUGCGAGAGGUGGAUGGGGUAGACGUGGGGCAAGGAUUGGGAGGGAGAAGGUGGGGCAUCCGGGAGAGGGGAUUGGACGUCUGGCUUUUCGGGAGCUGUUCGUUGAUGUGGAUGCUUGA